UCAGGAUGGAGAUGCGCAAUCGAACAGACCAGAUUCUGUAUGGGCCUGUAGAACCGAGAGGAAAUUUGUUCGGAGAUAGGCAGUUAGAAAAGAUUCGCGAAGUUGUGAAGGCGCAGGAACGUACCAUUGCUGCCCUAAAAAGCUCACCCCGUAUGUUGCAAUUUGAAAGACAAAAGAACGAGGAAGAUGCGAUCAAGCAGGAUCUCGCAGACAUUGAAUGUGAAACCGCAAAAGUUCGUCAAAUCUAUGAUGAGGAGGAGGGGAAGAUCUGCAGCAUCUUGGUGAAGAUUGGUAUCAAUAUCGGAGAGGAGAUGUUGCGAAUGAACGAACUGAGUAACAGUAAUGUGGAUCAUAAUCGGCAUCCCGAAGAACAGGGUUUGCAGCAAAUUCACAUCGGAGUAUUAGAGCCGACCAUCGUAGAGUCGUCCCCUUCAGUUGACGAUUAUGAACAGCUAUCGGAAGACGGCGAAGAUGUUUCACUCGCGUUGCUAAGCGAUACGAGCCAAUUUUCUUUUGGGUUUGACUUUAAAAUCUCCAGCACUUUACCCAAAUUGCGCCAGAUUAUGAAGCCUAUUUGCACCUACAAAACCAUCUUCAACAAACAAGAGAACUUGUUGUUAAAGGGAAACCAAAAAGAAUAUAAACCAGACAACGGACAAAAGCGAAAUGCUCAAUCGGACAAAGGUCCGCCAUUCAAGAGAGUCUCCCAAAUGGCUACAAACGAACUACAAAUGAAUCAACCGGCUUCUAAACCAGAAUCGAAUGUUUUGACGGAGAUCCACGAUAAUCUUAACAAAUCUAAUACGACACACACAAAAUCAGUUACUCUGGUUAAACCCAAAACCACAAACGAAAAGAAGGACCCAAGUGAAGGAAAAGAAUCAACUACGAAGAUUGAGCUACAGGAGGCAAAAGCAGACGCGAAGACACGAUCAGCGCUCAAACGCAAAUCGCCGACUUCUGACACCUUGGGUUUUAGCAAUACAAAGCCAAAUUAUGCUAGUUUUGCUGCAGUCAAUACCGAUUCUAAUCCAUUCUUAAAACCGAAAUCCCCCACGCACCAGAAGAAACCACAAUUGCAACCACAGAAACUUGUGAAAACUUUAGCGCAGAACAAGGACCAUUCAAAAACUAAGAUUUCGAAAGCAACAUCAGGGUGUCAGGCUCGAGAUGCGAAAGAGGUGGAUCUUCCUGAUCAGUUUUGUAGCCUGCCUGAAAGUAAGGAAAAUGCAACGAAAAUUACUGAUCAAAAUCAAGCUUCGAGUCCCACUUCACUGGGGUCGCCAACAUCUCAGCAAUACAACGGUCGUGCGGUUGACGAAGCACCUGGUAGCGGCCCGGAGUCGUCGAGUAAUGGAUCUUUGGAUAUUUUGCUUCAAUACUCAAACGGAGAAUUUGAUGUGAAUAUAUCGGAGGAGAACCUCGCACCGAUGAGCGGUGACCUUGAUUUUCUAAAUGACAAAUUUUCGCGGGAUGAACAGAACCGUCCAGGAGGCUCGGGCAACGGAAAUAAAUCAACAGGCGCUAGUUUCGGUUUUGAUUUCGACGAGCAAUUGUCGAUGGAUCAAGAUCAAGAUAUUUUCUAAAACAGUGUUCGCUAAAGCAUGUAUAAUUUAAUUAUGUAUUGCUUUUACGCAACGAAAACACUUGAAUUGUAGAAUAAGCCGGAGAACUCAAGAGGAAGAAUUCUGUUGAACCAAUUGUAAAUGGAUUGAUAACUAAU